GAUUAGUCAAGAUUUUGAUUUUUUCAUAGUCACAGAAGACAAUAUGUAGUUUAAGUUUUGCUUUUUUCAUAAACGAGCAUAAUUUUAUAUUUAGUUCAGAUAUAUAAGUGAGUAAAUAUUCAACAACAAGCUUGGACCACUGAGAUAAAUGGUAUCGACAUAAAAUACAUCGUUGUCAUAAAAGACCGUUUCUGCGAGUUAGCAAUGGGUGCCGCCAAGAAGUAUGGAUCACCUAUUAUUGUUCUUCUAAAUACAUUUUUUGGAGUGAUUGGUCUUGUAUUGCUCGUUGCUGGAUUCUUUGUGAAGUAUGCAACUGAUUAUGUCGACAAAUAUGGAAAGGAGCUAAUUUCAAAAUUUCAAGACAAACUUCCAGCAGCAAUUGGAGAUAAAUUAGAGAAUGUAAAGAUUUCCGAGUUUGUGGGAGGAGCAUCUACGGCAUUUAUCAUUGUGGGCGUGGCGGUUCUGACUCUGGUUGUCUGGGCUUACUGCGGAAUUUGCUGCCAGUCAAAGUGGAUGCUUAUAGUUUAUGCGGCUCUCCUUACAGCGAUAAUUAUUGGCGAAGCCACGGUUGCCAUUUUGUUCGCAACAAAUAGGAGUAUGAUAGACGAGAAGAUUAAACAGCCGCUUUUAGAUUCUUUAGAUCUGUAUGAAGGAAGUACAUCCAACAGCGCCAUUUCGUUAGCUUGGAAUGCACUUAUGGGACUGCUUGGAUGUUGUGGGGUGGACGGACCAGACGAUUUCAAGAAAGCGAAAGUCUGGAACCACAAGCUUGAUCCUAACGAAUUUCCAAAUCAGGUAGCAUCGGCAGGUAUUGUAACACCAGUAACUAUCGCUGCACCAGUUGUGUGUACCAAGGAUAAGGCAGCGGCCAUACAGACUAUUUUGAAUAACGGGGCGUCAAGUGUGAAAUACAUUCAGAUCGGUUGUUACGAAGCCAUUUGGACAGAAAUUGAAAGACACCAAGGAAUUGCUAUUGGUAUAUUUGCCGGUUUAGGGGCUUUUCAGAUUGUGCUGUGGAUACUGACAGUUUGUCUCAUUCGGGAGUUUGGAAAGUCCAACAGAAAUAAAGUUGCACCAAUAUCGUAAAGAAAAAAUGUGGAUACAAUAACAAUAUAACACAAUUGAUACAAUGUUUACAUUGAUUCUCCUGUAAGGAAGACAUUAUAUAGAUCUUUGUGAUUUUAACUCUUUUAUUUUAUUUUCCAAUGUUUUUUUUUCCUUUUUUUUUGUGACCCGAUUUAUUCUUAUCGGAGGAACUAGGGUAAUGGAUAAAACAUGCCGGCACGCAAUUGUCUCAUUUUCUGAAAUGUACUGGAUAUAUUGAUGUGUAUCGAGUAUCAGGAAGAUUGUAGUAUAAAUUAGCUGAGCUUGACAGCAUGUUACCAUUAGUCUUUGGCUUCAUGCUUCCAAUGUGUCCAAAUAUUGAACCAUAAAUUGAUUUGUCAGAAAUAGUUUUAGUGUCAUUAAGAUGGCUUUCUAACACUAAAUUUCAGCAUUUCAGCGGUAACAAUUAAAGCAGCAAGGAACUAAUACUUCUUAAUUUAGAAAGCACUUUGCUGUGAUAUUCAGUAUAUCUUAGACAGUAUUAAUUACAAAACACCCCACACAUUUACUCAGCAAAAUGUGAAGAAAACAACCAUGAUGUGCAGUUGUGAUGUGUAUUAGUUGUUUAAACAUUACACUUAAGACUCAUUUUGGGGGCUAAGCGUGAAACUAUUGUAUCUUGUCUUUCUUUAUGUACAGUUACCGUAGUUUCGCUUUCGGCCCACGAUUAAAGACAGAUAUGUGAAUAAAAACACUUUGAUAUUGUUUAUUUAUAUUUCCCAAUGUUUUCUACUCUUAAAUCUGCUUUAAAAUAUUAAUUUAAUAUACUUUGGGGUUUGCAACUUUCAAAUGUGUUCUUACAGUCAAUUUUCAUUUUAGGACUAUGAUGUUUUUGUUUUGUUCACAAAAUAGCAAGAUGAUUUCCAAUCUUCAUUUAUGUAAUUAAAAAACAACAAUCGA